UUUCUGGACAAGUGAUUUUCAUAUUAACAAACAGAGCCUAAUCUAUUUCUUGUUUCUCCGACUGCGAAGACUCUCGCCAGCAAAAACGGUUACAUAAAAAAAGGAUUGUUCGAUUCCCUUUUUUCCCCGCUUUUUCUGUCACCAAAAUUAUUUCUCUGUUACAUAUAUAAAAAAAUUGGUUCUCAUCUUUCUUUUCUUGAAUAUAUAAGGAUCUUUUAUUCAGUUGCUUGUAACUAAUAAGGAGCAAGAACACUGCAGAAAUACCUCUCACCAAAUCGCAACUACAACUGAAGCUAAAUCCUUUUAAGGUCUCAAUUGGAUCUUUUAACAGAUUGUAAAUUUAGGAAAAUUGGUUUCAGUGUGGAAUUUGGUUGGAGGUAGAUGGUGGGGAUUUGAUUGAACAAUUCGCUAUAAUGGAUAGGUUGUGCUGUUUUGGUGCUUCCUACUCCCAGCUUGUAGGAGGACGAUCAUCAUCAAGUUCUGGUAGGGGAAAAAACCACAAUGGUUUAAUCAAGUACGGUUUCAGUCUAAUAAAAGGGAGAGCUAAUCAUCCGAUGGAGGAUUAUCAUGUUGCAAAGUUUGUGCAGAUUCAAGAACAUGAAUUAGGGCUUUUUGCUAUUUACGAUGGCCAUUUGGGAGAUGCUGUACCUUCAUAUCUACAGAAGCAUCUUUUCUCUAAUAUCCUAAAGGAGGAAGAGUUCUGGGUUGACCCCAAUAGAUCUAUCUCAAAAGCAUAUGAGAGGACAGACCAGGCAAUUCUCUCUCAUAGUCCUGACUUGGGGCGAGGUGGGUCCACUGCUGUGACUGCUAUUCUGAUAAAUGGUCAGAGAUUAUGGGUAGCUAAUGUUGGGGAUUCAAGAGCAGUACUUUCCAGAGGGGGUCAGGCAAUUCAAAUGACUACAGACCAUGAACCUAACACCGAACGAGGCAGCAUAGAGCACAGGGGCGGUUUUGUCUCGAACAUGCCAGGAGAUGUCCCUAGAGUCAAUGGGCAGCUUGCAGUUUCUCGUGCAUUUGGAGACAAGAGCCUCAAGUCACAUCUGCGAUCAGAUCCUGAUGUACGAGACGACAACAUAGAUAAUAAUACAGAUAUCUUAAUACUCGCAAGUGAUGGCCUUUGGAAGGUGGUCUCAAAUCAGGAGGCUGUUGACAUUGGAAGAGGGAUUAAAGACCCAAUGAAAGCAGCUAAGCAGUUAACAGCUGAGGCAUUGAAAAGAGACAGUAAAGAUGACAUAUCUUGUGUUGUUGUUAGAUUUAGAUGGUAAAGUGUUUUUUAACACUAUAAUUCUCCAGGUGUCACAUAUAUACCUAUUAUGAGAGUUUAUUUACACUAGGUUGCCGAUUUGUGGAUUCGACAAACAACAUAAUACAUACUUGGUCGGGGUAAACAUUAAGGGUCUGCGGUAGUUUGGAAGUCGCCGGAGGGAGAGAAGAGCAAGGGGGUUCCCCAUCCUUUGUAAAUUUGUUAUAUUGAUUAGUUUAUGGUGUUUGAUGUUGUUUCAUUUCUUUAUGAAAUUGAAUUAAAAAUCUGAUGUAUAUCAACUUCUAGUUUCUUUGUUCUGACGAAGGAUGUGGUAUAUUUUUUUUUUA